UUUUAUUGUUAGACUCAAGAGCAGCCGUCCCAAUAGCUUUGUAGUUGGAAAAGUCCCUAGUCCGUAAUCUCUCUCUUUCUUGAAGGUUGCGGAGAGCCGGAAGUAUUGAAUCCAUACUCAUCUUCUAGACAUGGUUCAGUCCCUACUCUCUGCAAGUUUACUUUCCAUUUCUUCUCCAAGCUUCAGCAUCAAAGUUGGGGAGCAAGGGAAGCCUAUGCUCCUGAGGGCUUCACCUAGGUGCAGAGUCAGAGCAAGAGCUGCAUCUUCCAAGGCUGGGCCUCAAGCAGUUGAAAUUCCUCAUCAGUGGUACAAUUUAAUUGCAGACCUUCCAGUUAAACCUCCUCCAGCUCUGCAUCCCCAGACUCAGGAACCAAUCAAACCUGAAGAUUUGUCUCCCCUGUUUCCAGAUGAAUUGAUCAAGCAAGAGGCUAGCACUGACAGGUUCAUUGCAAUCCCAGAGGAAGUUAUUGAUGUUUAUCGGCUUUGGCGUCCAACACCUCUGAUCAGAGCCAAGAGGUUGGAGAAGCUUCUUGACACACCUGCCAGGAUUUAUUACAAGUAUGAAGGUGUUAGCCCAGCUGGAUCCCACAAACCCAACACUGCAGUCCCACAAGUCUGGUAUAAUGCACAAGAAGGCGUCAAGAGUGUUACUACUGAAACCGGUGCUGGCCAAUGGGGAAGUUCACUGGCCUUUGCUUGCAGCUUAUUUGGCCUUGACUGUGAAGUGUGGCAAGUUCGCGCUUCUUAUGAUCAGAAACCAUAUCGUAAUCUGAUGAUGCAAACUUGGGGUGCAAAAGUGCAUCCAUCUCCAUCUAGCAUCACUGAGGCAGGCCGAAAAAUCCUUCAGAUGAAUCCAUCAAGCCCAGGCAGUUUAGGAAUAGCUAUUUCAGAGGCUGUGGAGGUUGCAGCCGCCAAUGCUGAUACCAAGUACUGUCUGGGAAGUGUUCUCAAUCAUGUUUUGCUACACCAGACCGUUAUAGGCGAGGAGUGCAUAAAACAGAUGGAAGCCAUCGGUGAGACCCCAGAUGUGAUCAUUGGGUGUACUGGUGGUGGUUCUAAUUUUGGUGGGCUCACUUUUCCUUUUAUUAGAGAGAAGCUCAAAGGGAGAAUCAACCCUCUUAUAAGGGCAGUUGAACCUACAGCAUGCCCUUCAUUAACAAAAGGUGUAUAUGCCUAUGAUUAUGGCGAUACAGCAGGAAUGACUCCUUUGAUGAAGAUGCAUACACUUGGGCAUGACUUCGUUCCUGAUCCUAUUCAUGCAGGCGGUUUGCGUUACCAUGGUAUGGCACCAUUGCUUUCACAUGUCUAUGAACUGGGUUUCAUGGAAGCAAUCUCAAUUCCUCAGAUUGAAUGCUUUCAAGGUGCUAUACAAUUUGCUAGGACAGAAGGAUUAAUACCAGCACCGGAGCCAACUCAUGCCAUUGCUGCUACCAUCAGGGAAGCUCUCCAUUGCAGAGAGACUGGAGAAUCAAAGGUCAUUCUCACGGCAAUGUGCGGACACGGCCAUUUUGACCUUCCAGCCUAUGAGAAGUAUUUGCAAGGAAAUAUGGUUGAUUUGUCAUUUGAGGAGGAGAAGAUAAAAGCAUCCCUAGCCAACAUCCCUCAAGUGGUGGCCUGAGGUGAAGCCAUUUACUACAUUGCUCAACAGGUUGAUGAGUUUUGAAUUGCAGAUAUUUAAGCAUUUCAGCUGCACAUUACAAAAAUAACUUGAGCUGUCAAUGAAUUCCUUAAAGCCUUGAUUUUGACUCAAGCAAACAUGCUAGUAUUAAGGUUUUGUGUGAAAGGAACACCUUCAAUUAGUAAAUCAUAUCAUUAAGCCACGAGUAUUUUGAAAA